AUGAACAACAAACAGGAGUAUGGCCAGGAUGACGAACAUGAUCAGGGAGCUGCGGGAGGCGAUACUAGCUUACAAAACCAGAUCGUCCACGACGAAUCGGUUGCGCAGCACGUGGUCCUGAUUGGACUAGAUGACCGCACGUUUAGAGGAGAGCUGGCCGAUGUUAGUCAAGGAGUAGCAGGAACAACGUUGCGCGACAUGGAACAGAAGCAAGUUGGCACAAAGAUGGCCGAAAAUUUUUCUCGGGUCGAAAUUGCAGACAUAAUGGCGGUUGUGGAGCCCUUUUCAGGAGAAGAUGGCAUGCCUGUCAAACUGUGGAUUGAAGAAUUUGAAACUGCAUGUGCAGUGUUGGGAGUGCCACUUAACCGUUAUUGGCUGUAUGCGAGGCGUCUGCUUGUAGGAGCGGCUAAGAGUUACUUUACAUACCAACGCGCUGCUGAUUGGGAUGCUUUACGAGCACAGAUGAUGGAUGUUUUUGGUCGUAAAAAUACGAAACUCGAGAUAUGUGAGCAGCUCAGACACCGUAAGAAAAAAAGUGAUGAGAGUGCAUUCCGAUACUUUAUAGCUAUGUGUGGUAUUGCACGUCAAGCUGAAUUAGAAGAUCGGCAUUUAAUUAAACACAUUGUGAGCGGAUUAAACGACAAAAGUGGCAUAACUGCGUCCCUUUAUUUUUGUGAGAAUCUUGACCAAUUGCGUCGCCGUUUGAUUGAGUAUGACCAAAUUCGGAUCUCACUGCCAAAUUCUAACACUGGUCGUGGUACUUCGAGCGCUCAGGAGUUCAAAUGCUACAAUUGUCAUCAGCCGGGACAUAUGGUGAAGGAUUGCAACAAGCCCAUACGUCCGCCGAAUAGCUGCUUCAACUGUGGAGGUCUGGAUCAUCAAUUUCGUAACUGCCCGAAGCGUGUAACUGGAAGACUGCAGCAGACAGUGGCGAGUGUGGAGGAUCAACAAGCUGUUGCUGAUAUUAUUGGUAAACACCUACCCGGUUAGCUUUAUAAACAAGACGGAUCUUCCAAGAGAUGUAACAC